GGGAGUUUUUCCUCCCCCUGUCGCCAAGAGCUGCUCUCCGUUGGAACUGUUGGGUUUCUCUUGACCUUACCCUGUUAAGUGCUGUGAGAUAAUGUAUAUUAUGAUUUGGCGCUAUACAAAUAAAAUUGAAUUGAAUUGAAGCUGUGAAGCAACAGGAAGGAGCUUCUAGAAACUUACCGAACCUCAUCCAAGUGCAGUUGGCUGCCCAUCUUGACAUGUGGAUGACAUGUCUUCUUCUUUCCGCAGACGUCAGAAAAAUGCAUUCAUCACUUUAUGGGCAUUUUUUUUUUUUUUUUUUUUGCAAUUGUUGUGUUAAGAAUCUUUCUGGGCCUGGGUGCCAUAUGACCUGCCACUAUGACCACUGCACCAAAAUCACACCACAGCCCAGUGCUGUUCCUGAGUCGGGCUAUUAAUCACAUUGUCAUUGGAUUGACUCCAGCUUGCAUUUUACAUCAUCACUCUGAGCUUCAUAAAAGUAGUAUUUCACAGGGCUGGAUUGCAUCAUCUGCCACUGCUGUGAUAUGUGAAUCUGAGAGGAGUGGCAGAGUGACAGUGACAGACUUCCAUGUCAGCACAUCCUGCCCCUGGAAAAUGUUUUGGAGCCAUUGUCAUGGUGACUGACUGAGAAACUACCUGUUCUCUAUUCCCAGUCAGCAUGUGAAACAAAGGGGGAAAAAAAAUUGAGGAUUGGAAGAGGAUGAGGGAGAAAGGGGAAAACAGCGGUGAUUCUGCAUGUGACACUGCUGUUGACUGUACAUACGUCACAGGUCACAUGUGAGUCACAGAUGGUGAUGACAUCCUCAUCUUCACUUCAGGGCUGUCUACUUACAGUUCAAACACACCGCUGGGAUCUCGCUCACUAAGGACUGUCGCUGCGGAUACCACUGAUGACAGGGAUAAUUAGUUUACCUCAGUUGCUGACUAAUGAGACAUGGAGGGUUAUCCCAGCUAAACCAUAUAGACACACACAAACACAGAGCUUAUACCAUAAACCCAGCCUCUCCCUUCAUUUGCUUCUCUUUACCUCUGUGUUAAUCCUCUCCCCUUUCACAUCCCCCCUCUUCCCCUCCUCACCGCUCUCUUGCACGCUCUCUUUUGCUCCUCCCCGCUUUUCCCUCAAAGCCAGCAGCCUGCUAUUUGAUCCAGACUGCUUGUUAUGUGAUUUCCUGCUGUACAUCACUCCCUCGCUACUCGAUGGCUUUUCGAGGUGUUCUUGCUUUGCAGUGCAGGGAGUGCGAAAGGAAGUCCACGCUGAACCAACAUUGUUUCCCCUUUCCUUUCCCAUCCUGUGAUGUCAAUCUGUCUAUCCGUCCGUCUCUCUGACCUCCCUUCUUACCCCCUGUCGCGACCCCCUCACCCCCCUGUCUCCUGAUUAAUGCUGCCGGCCCCUCAACAAUGUUACCAUGUAUUAACUGGCUACAGCCUUUCCUUGCCUUGAUAUCCUCCACCUUGCUUACACGAGGCCACAACUGCCCAUCCAGCUGUUUUUGUCCAGACCAUCACACUGUGGACUGCACCAGCAAAGGUCUCACCAAAGUCCCGGACUCCAUUCCUCUGGAUGUUCGACGUCUCCUGCUCUCCAACAACUGGAUUCCCUGGAUCCCGUCUGACUUCCUGUUCCUGUAUAGUGAUCUGGUCUACCUGGACUUGAGGAAUAACUCCCUCUCCCAGCUGGAGCCAGGGACACUGAGCACCUCCUCUAGAUUAGUCUUCUUGGACCUAGGGAGCAACAACCUGACAGAAAUCUCCUAUGGGACAUUUGAGGAGUCCAGGAGUCUGAUCAAACUGCGACUGGGGAACAACCCCUACCUAAGCAUGGUAGGCAGGGGGGCUUUUACAGGGUUGACUUCUUUAAGGGAGCUGGAACUAGAGAGAAAUGGCCUCACAACGCUGGAUGUCAACGUCCUGGAACCCCUGCCCUCCCUUCGAAAGCUGCGUCUGGAGGGAAACCCCUGGCUCUGCAACUGCAACUUUGCCAGACUAUUUGUUUGGCUGACCGAGAACCGCCACAAGCUCCCAACCGGUAUGGAGGGAAUAGACUGUUCACUGCCUCUGGAUGGACGUCGUGUUCCCCUCAGUUUACUCUCUGAGGACAGUUUCCGGGAGUGCCGUGGUAACCUGACCCUAACAGACUAUCUAAUCGUCAUCUUUUCUGGCAUCUCUGUCUCAGUGGCAGCCAUCAUGGCCAGCUUUUUCCUCGCUUCAACAGUCCACUGCUUCCAGCGCCUCAGCAAAGGCAGUAAAGGAGAUGAGGAAGAAGGGAAUGACUGAUGGGGGGAAGGAAAGGAGAACUGGAUAACAUAAAAUGCAAGUGUUUCAUACAAAACUCAAGCUGUAUCCCAGAGAAAGCUCGAUAAAACAUGCCAGCAGGAAGACAUCAGUGGUGGAAUUGUAGGAAUUUCUUGGACUGCAUACUGCACUGACGGCAGAGACACUGGUCAGUGUCUGUUAGAUACAGGAGAGCUGUAGUACAACAAUUACGCCAUUUUUGAAAACAGUCAUUAAGACUGAGAUUGGUAAAGAGAUUGUAAGAUGAAGAGACAAAAGGGUGCAUAUUGGGACUAUAGAGAAUGAUCAGCAAGCACUGCAGGGGAAAUACAAAUUACAGUGGGAGCUGACCAGUAAAACACACAUAGUGCUUUACUGUUGGCCUUGUUCUGAGAGGUCUUCACGGGUCUGGAAUUACAAUAUAUGACUAAAUCAAACUAGGAACUCUGAUUUAUGCCAAGAUCUUAUAAUCUUAACUUUAUAAAAUCUUGCCAUGACAUUGCAGACUACAUGUUGGACCCUGAAAAAUCAUAUCUUUCACAUGACUGAACCAACAACCAACAAGAAAACUCUACUAUCCUAACUAACUAUGCUAAACACUACUAUUCCACUAUAAUACACUACACAGGAUAAAACAAGCAAUUACUCACACCCAACAUUGACUCUUGGUACACUAUAUUAUAUAUCCAACAUCUAAAUGCAAUUUCAUACACUUUUAUCAUAACUGUGUGGAAGUGACUGCAAUAAAAAUUAGAUUGCACUACCGCGGUCGAUCCCUGUUUGCAGACCCUUGCAAAGUCAAGUCAAAACAGCAGUGCUUUAAUUGGAAAGGAAUAAUAAAAAAUUGUAAAGUAAUUGUAAAAAUGAUGGUUUUUAGUUAGAUCCUAUCUAGAUUGCAGUGUGCUAGACCUGGUUUAGGUUGGGUCCUCAGGUUUUCACAAGUUCAGCUGGUACAGCUGGUGGAGAAGUGCCUUGCUCAACAGCUUCUUAGUUGUUGAAAGAACAGUUGUCACAAUCUGAACAGUAGCUCUCUGAAAUAUUUGUACACUCAUUUAUAAGACAAUUUUUAUUUCGUAUUUAUAUUUUCCUCCAGUACUGAAACCAAUGCUUCAUUUCCAUCUAAAAAUAUAUUCAAAACUUGAAAUUGUUAACUUCUUACAUUAGCAGGAUAAAUUGCACUUUCCUUAAGGGUCUCAUCAGAACACUGCUGCCAUUCUUGGAGAAUCCAUUGCAGUACUGGAUUACAGGUGGCAGGAGAUACUCUUGGAUUCAACUUCUUAAAGUGAUAAUUCCCAAGUAACAAUGAUAUUGCAGAUUUUUGAUUGGUCCAGAGUCCUGCUGUAAUGCACUGAAGCAAUAAUACUUACAAUACAGCUGACAGCAGCUGAUUUGGACCUAACCUUCUAAGAGAGGUAAGUGGAGAAUGGCCAGACUGGUUGGAGUUGACAGGCUACAGUAACUCAGAUAACCACUCUACAACUGUGGUGAGCAGACAAGCAUCUCAGGCUGCACGACACGUUGAACCUUGACUGGACUACAACAUUACGGGACUACAUCAGGUUCCAGGAGCCUUUUCCUCCAGUGGGCACAUGCUCACCAACACUGAACAGACAAAGACUAGAAAAACAUGAUGAAUAUGGAUUUCUGCUGAGAGAGCAGAUGGUAGGGUAACGAUCUGCCAUCAGCAGCAUGAAUCCAUGUGUCCAUCCUUGUGUCAACAGUCCAGACGGGUGGAGAUGUAACUGCGUGAGGAAUCUUUUCUUGGCACGGCUUAAUGCCAAUCAAUCAUGGUUUGAAUGCCACAGCGUAUCUUAGUAUUGAUAAUGACCACAUGAGUCUUUAUGGCCAGAAUUUACUAUGUUAACUGCUGUAAAAGUAGUCUGGCCCAUGUACUUCCACAUCUGGGCAUAUUCUGGCUGUUAUCCUCCAGUAUGGCUGACAGCUGUUUGUCAGAAUUGGUCCAGGUGUAGAGACAUCUGACA